AUGAUGGUGACGGAUUGUUGCAAAACCAAGACCAGCAGCAGCAGCAGCAGCAGGAGGAGGAGCAGGAGCGAUGCUGCGCAUAAGGAAGCUAUCAUACGACUAAUCUAUAAUAUCAUUACUAAUAGUAUGAGGAAGAAUGAUAAUGAUGAUUAUUAUUAUAAUGGAAAUAUGGAGUAUUAUAGGAACAUGGGCAAUAAUAGGCUUGUUGGUACUACUGCCACUACCACUUUAUCAUCAUCAUCAAGUAAGAUGUACUUGUACAAUUAUUAUUAUUAUUAUUACAACAACAACGACAACGAGAAGGAGAAGGAGGAGAAGAUGAUAUGA